AUGUCUCUUAUGGAGAGAUUUUUCAAAGGUAGAUGUUAUUCUAGAAGAUCUAUUGCUGAGGCAGGUUUGGGUUUCAAGCCAAGCUAUGCUUGGAGGAGUAUCCUUAGCUCUAAAGAUGUUGUGCUCAAAGGUUCUAGGUGGCGUAUCGGAAACGGUGAACAGAUGAAAAUUUGGUCUGAUAAUUGGAUCCCUUCUCUCCCGGGUUUUAAACCUCUGAACCCUAUUGUCCCGAUUGUUCCGGGUGCUUUGGCCAGUUCCCUAAUUGAUGGUGAUUUGGGUUGCUGGAAGCUGCACACGCUUAAAGAGUCAUUUGGUGAUGGUGAUGUCUCUCAUAUCGCUUCUAUUCCUCUUUCAAAAGAGUUGCUGGAUGAUAAACUAAUAUGGAAUGCGGAGAAAAAUAGGGAGUUUUCGGCCAAGACCUCGUAUCAUCUGUUGGGGGCUGCUAGGAGAUUCAAUAUGCCUGGCCCUUCUACUAGCGUUGACGAUGGUUUUUGGAAGCUGUUGUGGAAGGCGCCUAUUGUCAACAAAGUCAAAGAAUUCUUGUGGAGGUUAGUGAAAAAUAUUCUGCCUCUAAGGAGUAAUGUGUGUAAGAAAGGUAUUGUAUUAGAUCCCUCGUGCCCUCUGUGUUAUUGUGAUGCUGAAUCUUCUUCCCACUUAUUUCUUCAUUAUGAUUUUACUAAGAGAAUGUUCUUUUCACCUCCUUUGGGUGUGAGGAUACCGGAUGUAGACGAGGUCAUGGACUGGUUGUUGCUGAUUUUUCGCAACAAGGAUGUCAAAUUGUGUCAGGUGGUUUGUAUGGGGCUUUGGAAGGUGUGGAAAGCUAGGAACUCUGUGGUGUUUGACAAGGGUGUUCCUUGCUAUAUGUUGUUUGCUAAAGAUGUGUGGCUUUCCUCCAUUGAAGAAGAUAGUAGCAUGCUGGUUUCUACGGAUCGAGUGGUGCCCUCGAAGGUGGAAGUGUCGUGUGGGAAUUCCUGGAUUAUCCAAACUGACGUGGGAUGCUUUGAUGGUGGCAUUGUCUCUCUUGGUUGUGUCAUAAGGUCAGCAAAUGCAGAAGUUCUACUGGAGACCACUCAGAGGCUCACAAGUUUUGUCACACCGGGCACGGCGGAAGCUCUUGGAAUUCGGUGGGGGCUGCAGCUAGCAGAUGACCUCAAGCUCGACAAAGUGGUGCUCCAGUCGGAUGCGCUAGGUGUGGUCGACUAUGUUAAUGGCGUGAUUUCAGUGCCAGACUUGGAUCCUAUUGUUAUGGACUGUCGUUCUUUACGUAGUUUUCUUAUUUCAUCUACUGUUAUGUUUAUAGGAAGGGAUGUCAAUACUGAUGCUCAUAGUUUGGUGGGCAUUGGAAAGUCGGUUGACUCUCGUACUUGGUUAGGUGCUAUCCCUUGUGGCGAGAAGUCUCCUGUAAUUUCGGCUAAUUUGGCUUUCUAUUAA